UAUUUUGACAUAGGUCGAUUUUGGUUCUAGCCUGUAACAACAGAAAAUGAGAAGGGAUAAAGACUUUUGCAAGAUACUGCAUAGUGAUUAUUUUACAGUCAGUUUUUUUCCAUUGAGCAUUGGCUGACACGAGGGUUUUCCGCAGGUGGAGCAAUUCAAGAGCAACUAAAGCAACUGCGACACACAGCACUGUGAGGAUUUCAUCCUGAAUAACUCUCUGCUGCUGCUGCUGCUGCUUUUCUCUGGCUCUUGUAAUCGGGCGGAUGUUUAGACAUCGUAGAAAUGUCAGGAGAAAUACAGCUCGUUAAAUUCUCACGGGUUUUUCUGUGUCUCGUGGUUUUCAGGGACCUUUGGCCAACAUAUUCAGAUGCAUUGGCUGUGUCACAAGGAAAAGUCUUGCGACCAACUUUAAUCACCACUGUCAGUGAUGCCAACUUGAUAUAUGAGUUUUUACUGAGGGGACUUGUGAUUGAUGAAGACAACAAUGUUGGAAUGCGGGACCAAGAAAUGGCAUCUAUGAGGAAGGGUAGAGUUUUCUUAAGCCUUAUAAAUGAUGACAUACCCAAAACUGUGCCAGCGAUGGAGGAACUGCUGGUCCUAAUUGAAGAGGAAGAGCAAUCCUUUGAACAGGAUUAUUUUCAGACACUCAUCCUGGGAAUCAUCUAUUCAGCAUACCAGGCCCGUGAGAGGAAGGAAGAGAGUCAGCAGCAGACAUGGACGGGUGUCCUCGGGCGUCUGGCAAAUGUCACUCUGGUUCAGCUCCGUAAAUCCUGAGAUAAAUCAAUCAAAGCCACUAGCCUUUUUUCUUUCUUUCACAUAUGCAUGAAACCUAGUAUAAUCGAUGUUGAGAAAGAAGUGUUAUUUGUGUGUCAUUUUUCUUUUCUGUAAGUAAAUAUAAAUAGCGAGAUGGAUUUUGAAGAAUUGUCUGCUUCAGAGUUUCUGACUGUGUACAAUUUCUGGUAGCAGUGGACUCCCCAAAUUUUUAGUGCCCUUUUGUUUCUUGCUUGUAGAUUACUGUAAUAUGUGUGAAGCACUUUGGGAAAACUUGUUUGUUGUGAGUAAAAAAUGGAAAGUACAUUGGGUUUAGUCUGUCCUUGAUCCCACUCUAUCCUCUUCUAUGUGGGUGGAGCCAAAAUAAAAGUUCAGCAGGGAGACAACUCAGUAUGUUUCAAGUUAGAGAACUGGGUUUGUUAUAUUGUUUACUAGAGUCUCAUGGGUGAUGGUCAGGUCCAGCUCCACCUACUGGACUUCUACUGGUUCUGCAACGAUGAGUACUCUAAAACAGGGGUGCAUCUUAUUCAUGUCCAUAGUUUAGUAGUCAGGGCACUGAUCAGAGAGUCGACCAUUUACGAACAGUCUGGAAUGUUUACUCUCCAACGACGCACCACAAAAAAACAGGGUGCGUUGAUGCUCACUAUGUUCUCUUACUGGAAAUGACAUCAUAAUUUUUCUCAGCUUUAAAAAAUGUCAGAUGAUCUGUUAGCGAAUUUUGUCUGCAAAUGUAAACGUAUAUAUUGUUUGUUUGAAUAUAACGAAUUUUAGAGUGUUUAAUGAUUUGUAGAAAAUUCACUAGAUUCCCUUACAAUUCUGAUUGCCAGAAAUGAAGGUUCUAUAAAUAUAUAUAUUUUUUAUAUGCUUUCAGCCAUGUUAAUUAAAUGUGCUCUCUCUCUCUCUCUCUCUCUCUCUCUCUCUCUCUCUCUCUCUCUCUCUCUCUCUCUCUCUC